AUAGAGAAAAACCAGAACAAUAUGAAAACAUAGUAACAAAAAAAAAAACAGAGGAAAACAGAGAGAAACAGAGAAAGAGACAAGUUAACUUCAUUCAAUGGCUUCAUCUAGGAAGAGUUUCCUUUCAAGAAAAAGUUACAUUUUUCCAACAUCAGAUUCGACAAAGACAAAUUUCAAUACAAAAUCAUCAGAAACAACUGAAUUGGAGUUUGAUGAAGCUGAUAUAUGGAACAUGUCAUAUUCAAAUUCCAACACAACAACAGAACCAAAAAAAAGUAUACCAGGUUUGAAAAAAGUUUCUAGAAAAAUGGAAGCUAAUAACAAAGUUAAUCCAAUAGGUUCAUCUUCAUUACCAAUGAAUAUACCAGAUUGGUCAAAGAAGAACAAAGAGAAUAGUGAUGAUGAUGAUUAUGAUGAAGGUGUUCAUUUACAUCCUCAUGAGUAUCUUGCUAGAACAAGAGGAGCUUCUUUUUCUGUUCAUGAAGGGAAAGGAAGAACUUUGAAAGGUAGAGAUUUGCGUAGUGUUAGGAAUGCUAUUUGGAAGAAAGUUGGGUUUGAAGAUUGAUUUUAUUUUAUUUUGUUAAUUAAUUAUAUUAUGAUAUGAUUAAUGAUGCAUAAGAAAACUAAUGAGUCUAAUCUACCUUCAUUUUGAGUGUCUAAGAGUUUUAUUAACAUUUAUGAUUUGGAUCACUCAUUAUGCUUGUAAUUGUAAUUAACUAUAUUAAUCCUUUUAAUGCAUGCUUAAUCAAUAAUCAUGUACUAUGAUCUUUUGUGGCCAUGUUUCUUCUUGUUUUUGUUGUCUAUGUUCUGUUUUCAUUCCCUUAAUAUUUGUAAAUUUUUGGGAUAAAUUUGUAAAAAUACAAUUUAAAAGAAUAAAAUUGAGCAAAUGUAAUU